AUGCUCGACAAGGCAUGGAAACAUCUCAAGGAAGAUGGAGUUGGUAUUAUGGGUAUGUACGGUAUGGGCGGAGUAGGAAAAACAACGCUUCUCAUGCAAAUCAACAAUAAGUUCAGUGAAGAGAGGUGUGGAUUCGAUUUUGUGAUUUGGGUUGUGGUGUCUAGAGAGUUACAUGUAGAGAAUAUUCAAGAUGAAAUCGCUCAGAAAGUUGGUCUUGGUGGAGUGGAGAAAAGCCAAAAGGCCGAUCUGUUAUACAAUUUCUUGAAGAAAAAGAGAUUUGUGUUGUUUUUAGAUGACAUAUGGGAGAAGGUGGAUUUAACAGAGAUUGGAGUCCCAUUUCCAACAACGCAAAACGAUGCAAAGUGGUAUUCACCACUCGUUCCCAAGAUGUAUGUGCGCGCAUGGGGGUUGAAGACCCGAUGGAAGUCCAAUGCUUGGCGAAAAUGA